AAAACCUUUAGGGCAGCUUCUUUCAAAAUACAAGCACCGUCACUUCCGUGCUCUGCUCUCAAAAUCCGUGAGCUGCGGUGAAAAAGCGAAAAAUGUCGCCGACGCAACUUUUAUCGACUUCGAUUUCUUCUUCUUCCUCUGCUUUUUUAGCCGCACCUAUUGCCUUCAAAGCUAGAAACCAGAAUGUUUCGAUCGCGUCGAAAACGCCUUCUAUUUGCACGUGUGCUGCUGCUCCUCAAGAACAGAAAACCGUUUACAAAACACAAGUCUCCCGCAAUGCAAAUAUUGCAAAGCUUCAAGCUGGUUACUUAUUUCCAGAGGUUGCUCGAAGGAGGAAUGCGCACAUGCUGAAAUACCCUGAUGCAAAAGUGAUAAGCCUUGGAAUUGGUGACACUACAGAACCUAUCCCAGAAGUUAUAACUUCUGCAAUAGCAAAGAGAGCAGAAGCACUGUCUACUUUGGAGGGUUACAGUGGUUAUGGACCUGAACAAGGUGAAAAACCUUUGAGAACUGCAAUUGCUUCAACAUUUUAUUCAGGUCUUGGGAUCGAGGAGGAUGAUAUAUUUGUCUCUGAUGGUGCCAAAUGUGACAUAUCUCGCCUCCAGAUGGUAUUUGGGGCAAAUGUAACCAUGGCAGUGCAAGAUCCAUCAUACCCGGCUUAUGUUGAUUCUAGUGUCAUCAUGGGCCAGACUGGACAGUUUCAGAAAGACGUUGAGAAGUACGGUAAGAUUGAAUACAUGAGGUGCACUCCAGAGAAUGGUUUUUUCCCUGAUUUAUCCAAAGUUUCUCGAACGGAUAUCAUAUUUUUCUGUUCACCGAACAAUCCUACUGGUUCUGCUGCAACAAGGGAGCAACUGACCCUACUAGUACAAUUUGCAAAGGACAAUGGAUCAAUCAUCGUCUAUGAUUCAGCAUAUGCCAUGUAUAUGUCUGAUGAUAACCCACGAUCCAUAUUUGAAAUUCCGGGAGCCAAAGAGGUUGCUUUGGAGACAUCAUCUUUUAGUAAGUAUGCUGGGUUUACUGGAGUUCGUCUGGGGUGGACUGUUGUUCCAAAACAGCUUCUAUAUUCUGAUGGGUUCCCAGUUGUAAAGGAUUUCAACCGUGUUGUUUGCACUAGCUUUAAUGGGGCAUCCAACAUUUGCCAAGCUGGUGGUCGGGCUUGCCUUUCACCUGAAGGCCUUAAGGCAAUGAGUGAGGUGAUUGGAUUCUAUAAAGAAAACUCCAACAUUAUAAUGGAUACAUUCAAUUCGCUCGGUUUUAAUGUAUAUGGAGGAAAGAAUGCUCCCUAUGUGUGGGUUCACUUCCCUGGCCAAAGCUCGUGGGAUGUUUUCAGUGAAAUUCUUGAGAAAACUCAUGUAGUUACCACACCUGGGAGUGGUUUUGGACCUGGUGGGGAAGGUUUUGUCAGAGUCAGUGCUUUUGGCCACAGGGAAAAUGUUUUAGAAGCCUGCAGAAGAUUCAAGCAGCUUUACAAUUGAAGCAACAUAUAUUGUGUCCCUUGCCUCCCUUUUGACAAGGAUACAUGCAGCAACCUCCAUUGUGUGGUUUAUUUAUCUGGUGAUAUUAGUCAUUUAUGGUUGAAUUCUAUGCAAACCAUGUCGCAGUUUUACUUUCUAGGGAGUUCUAGAUUCUGUCUUUCAUGGCUGACCCUCAUCUUGAAAUUGUAACAAAUUGUUAAGCUUAUUUUUGGGCGCCAAAAUAUUGAGGUGUAUCAGUAGAAUGAAACUAGAGCUUGAAUUGA